AUGAACAAUCUGAAAAAAAUUUUACAAAAACUGAAUCGGGUCGAAUGUGUUAAUGUAAUUAAAAUUUAUUUUGAUAUAUUACGUUUACAUAAGCAACAAAUACAACAAAAUCAAAAUACAUAUUCAUCAUUACCUAGUAUUGUUGUUGUUGGUCUUUUACUUGAUUAUUUAACAAGAUAUUACCAUCAUAAAAAAUCAUUAACAACAAAUAGAGAUGAACAAAUUGGUUCAACAUUAGAAACAUCAUCAUCAUCACCAUCAUCAUUAUCAUCAACAGUAACAACAUCGACAAGUAGCUUUUUAAAUACAGGUGGACGAACUACACGUGAACCUUAUCGAUGGCUUUCACCAGAAAGUAUGGCUAAAGCUGAUUUUUAUUAUUCACCAUUAAAAGAUAAUGAUGAUCGUGCAUUAUGUUUUGCUUGUACUGUAACACUUGUUUGUUGGGAACCAUCUGAUUCUCCAUGGACAGAACAUGGACGUCAUUCUCCUCAUUGUCCAUUUAUAAAAGGUGAUUUUACUGAAAAUGUUCCAUUACAUACAACGUGUUCAAUUCAACCUAGAAAAAAAAUUUUUUCAAAUCAACAACAACAAAAAUGGUUAAUUAAAUCUAAUGAAAUAAUAUUAAAUGAACAUAUAUUAUUAUUUAUAAAUUCUGAUUGGAUAAUACGUUCAGUUGAUACAACAAAUAAUUCUGAAGAAAAUUCUUCUUUAGAUAAUAAUAAUGAAACAAUAUUUAUACAACAUUUUGAUCAUUUAACAUCAAAACGUUAUUUUAAUUUAAAAUUAAAUCCACUUGCAUUAACAAUAUAUCCAUUAACAAUAACAAAUGAUAAUGAAAAUUAUAUUAUUUUUUGUUUUUUACAAUUAAUUGAAACAAAUAAAUGUAUAUUAAUAACAACAACAACGACAUUAAAUCAAUAUGAAAAUUUAAAUCCAUCACGUACAUCAACAGUAACAAAUAAUACACAAAAUGAUGAAUCAAUUGAAACAACAACAAUAAUAAAUGAACAAAUUAAAAUAAAUAAUAAAUAUGAUUAUUGA